AUGGCCACUACAUCAAACAAUAAUGAAUUACGUAAAAAGCUCUCUGAAUCAACAACACCAGCAUCGUCUCAUGAUAUUUUGUCACCAUCACCAUUACAAACAACAACAACAACAAUCACCCAAUUACCACAUUUAUUAGAAACAAGAGCAUCGGAUACUGAAUUUUAUCGUAUCGAUCAACCAUCAUAUUCACAUUCCAUAUUUGCUGAUUCAUUAAGAGACUGGAAAGACCCAUUUCUUCAUGGCUCAGAACCAAUUAAAAUCCCUCUUUGUCCUAGAUGUUCGUCGUGCAAAUGUCGCUCAUUACUCAAUCAACCAGUAGUAAAUACAUCAACUCCUCAGCUUACUUAUCAAUACGAGGAUAUACAUCAUGAUCACCAACACCACCACUUUCAUCAUCAUCCAUCAUGUCCUAGUUAUAAAUCGAAACUGUACUCGUCUGCCGAUCGAACUCGGUCACUUUCAGUUUCGACGGACCAUACGUCCUCUCAUGUCUCAUCCAAUUAUUUAAACUCUGAUAAAAGUAUGUCUUCGUUAAUAUCGCCAAGAGAUCGCACAAAAUCAUUAAUGGCAACAACAGCAAAAUCAAAAAUACCGGUGCCUUCUUUUGCAAGAGGAAUGUCAAAAUCCAGCGAGAAGACUAAUGGUACGUUCACUAACAGACAAAUUUUAGAUAGAUCGACAAAAACAUUGAUACCACGAUUGAUCAUUAACAAAAAUAUUUCUAAAAACCAGUCAUCUGGACAAGAAAAACAAGCAGAAAAAGUGACGUACACUAAUGAUGCAAAAUUAGAUAUAAAUAAAGAUACAGCUGACAAUUCUCAAACUGAUCAAGACAGGUAG